AUGGAUAACCUAAGGGUUCCUUUAGAACAAAAACGCGUAAUGAUAGCUUCGAAAAUUACUAAACUUCAGGAUGAACUAACAGCUGAAGGUGUUAAAACUAAGUCCAUUAACUAUCGCUUUACAAAAGUAAAAGAAUCAUUUGAACAAUAUGAAAGACUUAUUGAGAAACUCGAAUUAACUACACCAGAGGAUAAUGAAAUAAAUCUCGCGGAAGACGUUCAAACAUUAUUUUAUGAUCUUAUGGAUCAAUUUGAAAAGUUAACUCAAUUGAAUAGAACUAACCAUAAUAAUUCACAUAAUGUUAACACUAAUAAUUUAAACAAGUUGAUAGAUGAUGCUCGGCAACAUAUAAAUAAUUUACAGUCACUUCAAAUUAAUAUUACCGAAUCCUUACUUGUACGAAUAUUAGAAAAUAAAUUAACAUCAGAAAUUAAAAACAAAUGGCAAGAAACGUUCACUGACAACGACACUCUUCCAACAUUCGAAUCAUUUUGUGAAUUUGUCUCAAACUUUGCCUUCAGACUUAGUACACACAAACCCGAUAAACAUCGCGAUUCCGAUCAUUCCUUCAAACGAAGACGUAAUGAACACUCGAAUAAUAAUUUGAAGAAACAAAAAACUGACACGCCAGUUCGAGCUUUAGUGACAACCGCCUCUUCUGCCUGCCCAUGUUGCAAACACUUACAUCCUCUCUAUAAAUGUUACACAUUCAAUGCAUUAACUGUAGGAGAACGCAUAAAAUUUGUAAAAUCUAAUAAACUCUGUAAUAAUUGUCUUCGCGUACACAAAGGAACUUGCACUUCCAGCAGAUGUCGAAUCUGUAAGAAAUUCCAUCACACCAUAUUGCACAUUAAGCAAAAUGUAACUCAACAACCGACUAAUCCAAAUACUUCCAAGAACAACUCCGUAAAAUUCGAGUCACCUUCUACUGUAACAACUGAUAAGGAAUCUACAUCUUGA